AUGGACUAUACCGUAAAGUUGGACACCACUGCGUCAACUGCAAAUAAUACUUAUUAUCACCAGUUCAAUACUCUUGGUGAUGUUAGUGUUGAAUCUGAAGGUAUUGUUGAAAUAAGAGGUUAUAAAUUUUUGAAAAGACUUGAUGAAACAACCCAGGCAUAUUUUGAAUGGUUUCCAAUUAGACCACAAAUAAAAAUCUGGAGAAACUUUGAAUUUGGUAAAUUAUUUCAAGUUUAUAUGUCAAGACAUUAUUCUCGUGAUAUAACAAAUUAUUAUCAUAAUCAAGAAAUGGUUGAAAGAUUGGUCAAUUUAGAAGACCGUACCAUGCUAGGAGAUCAAAAAGAAUGGCUAGAAAAAAGAUUAUUAGAUAAUGAUACGGUUUCGAAUUUCAUUGCAAGUCAAUGUGUUGUCAGAGAUAUUGAUUUCACAUCACCAGAAACUGGUGGAUUAUUAUUCCCAUUUGAAGAGUUCAAUCAAGAUGCUUGGGAUGGUUGUAUUUUCAAUUGA